GAUUCACUACACACAGUUAAUUAUUAUUAUUAUAGCUGACAAAUAAUGAAAACUCCAAAUUCACCAUGACCAAACAUUUGAAUAUUGCAUAAGAAACAAUCAAAGAGCGCAGAGAAACAGAACAAGCAUGCAGUAAAUAACAAAACAUAAAAUAAAUGUAAAAUAAUCACAAAGAUCAAAUCAUGUAGCUAUAUUUCAGGGUAUCCCAUAUUUUUAACAGCUUUACAAUUCGUAAAAUAAGCAAAAAAAAACUAUGUUUUAUUAGGGGAGAAAAUGCUGCCACGUAUGUGAAAUUUAGCUACUAAAAUUAUUAAAUACACAACAUACUGUAAAAUAAAAGAGUUACUUUCUGGUCUUAGACGAUUGUAACAACUUGGAAUCCACUUUUGACAGGUAAGGUGUACUUACUUUUAUUGUCGCACGAUGGCAGCCUAAUUUCGAAACAGUGUUAAAUCUGCUCGAAAGGAAAACGUAGAAAAAGGCUGUUUGGCUCAGCCAAUCAGAAGCCGGGGCUCCAUAUUGAACCUUUGUUUUGGUGUGAGGGCUACAACUUCAUUUUUUUUAACCACAAAACUUAACACCAAAGCGAUAUAAUUUCUACUCCUUUUUUUUUUUUUUUUUGUACCGGUAACGAUGAAGCUAGCGGACAUUAAGAAGCUUAAAGUGGCCGAGCUGCGUUCGAGGCUGAAUCAAUCCGGUUUGGACAGCAGGGGACUGAAGACAGAUCUGGUGGAGCGGUUGUGGUCUUUACUGGAUGACGGCGGCCAAAAAGGAAACGCACACGAGCAAGACGUUCAACGACAAGUGCCAGCCUCUUCCCUGGCAGUGCCAGCCAGUACCAGCCAGACCCGGGACAUGGUUGUGGAACUUGUGGCCUCCUCUUCCUCCCUACUUCGGUCCUCUUCCCCGGCGGAGCCAGUCUGUAUCAACCCGGCAGACCGGACCCGAGAGUUCUCCGACUCCGCCACCCAGACGGAGGCUGGAGACGUCUCUGGGUGUCUGUUACCCGAUGCUGGUGAAUGUCAAGCAGAGAAGAACGAGCUGGAGCAGCCGGCGGCGGAGGAGGAGCGAGGUCGAGCAUUCUACGAGUUCAAAGAGGAGAUACGAUAUAAAAGAGCCAAACCACCACAAGCUCCGGAGAGAGAGGAGACAGAAGAAGAAGAUGGAGACACAAUCAAACUGAAUUCAUACGACAGUCACCUGCACUUCCAGGUGGACUCGGACGGCGCCUGCGGCCAACCACGAUUCUGGGACAGAUUUCCCCUGCUGUGGUCCGGAGGCAGGCUCACCCACGGGGUGUCACAAGGCAGGGUGGGCUUCGAGGUGAGGCUAGAGAAGAGAUUGUCGAGCUCUCAGCCGGACGGCCUGGAAAACGAACAGUCCGACGGGGUGCGCGUAGGCUGGUCCACGGCUCAAACGUCCCUGCUGCUGGGUGAAAAAGAGUUUUCUUUCGCAUAUGAUGGACGUGCUACAAAGGUGACAUGUGGAAGAGAAGAAGAAUUUGGGGAGCCAUUUUGUGAAGGAGACAUCAUCGGCUGUUAUGCCUCUUUCUCCACGGACGGCGGCGUUCAGCUCUCCUUCCACAAAAAUGGCCGUUUUCUAGGCGUGGCCUUUUCUCUGGAGGCGUCUGAGCUUGGAGGCCGUGCUCUGUUCCCUCACGUGCUCUGUAAGAGUUGUGCGGUUCGCUUCCUCUUGGACCCCACGACUCCUCCCUGGUACCCCCUUCCUCCGGGCUUCACCCCACUGCCAGCGCUCCCUGCUAGGCUGAGACUUCGCAACACGUCUGAGCCGAGCUCCAGAGCGCAGAGUGAGAUGUUGUUGAUGGUGGGUCUCCCCGGUUCCGGUAAGAGCCACUGGGCCAGAGCUCACAUACAGCAGCAUUCGGAGAAAAACUACAAGCUGCUGGGCACCGAGGAGCUGCUCUCAUGCAUGAUGAGCGGGGGUGCGAGGGAGCGCCGACUGCAGCAGGCCGCCCAUUGUCUGACUGAGUUAAUCAAAAUGGCUGCUCACACGCCAGGCAACUACAUUUUGGACCAGUGCAACAUCCUCUUCUCUGCGCAGCGUUACAAGCUGCAGCUGUUCUGCGGCUUCGGGCGACGUGUGGCGGUGGUGCUUUUCCCCUCGGCGGACGAGUGGAAAAGACGUCUGUCAGAGCGCCAAAAGGACGGCGAGAGCAUUCCCGAGACAGCCUUGCUCAAACUCCAAGUCAGCUGCAGUCUACCCGAGCAGCUCGCCGGUGUUUUGGACGAGCUCCACUACGUGGAGCUGGAGCAGGAAGCAGCGCUGGCGCUACUGCGGGAGUACAAAGACAAGGCCCGACGACUGCUGCCGCCUGUUACCCAACCGGAGAAACUGAAGAAAUAUCAGCGGAAGAAAAGACCUCACCCACAUGGGCCUCCUCCACCACCUCACUGGACCAGGGGAAGCGGGUUGAACAGCUGGAAUAACAUGCAGUCUUGGAGCCAGCAUGUACGUACAGAUUAUUUUAACAUGGCCAGAUUUAAGAGUAUGCAGUCAGAACUGAUUAUACUGUAUGCCGUUUUACGUUUCAGUGGAAUGUGCCAUAUCAUGACCAAGCUGUGUAUUACUGCGGCGGCUACGAGGCCUACUGAUGAAGAAAUGGACAUGACAGGAUAGCUAAGGGGAUUUUUCAACAAUUGCUGCUUUCAACAAUCGAACCACAUUUAAGAACAAAACUGCCCUUUUUCAAAAGUUUCUAUUCAAAAUAUUUUACUGUACAAUGUGGAAUCAUAGUUUCAGUGCUUCUAAACAAGUUCAGACUAUUAAAAUCACAACAUUUCA